AUGCUGACCAAACGUGAGAUCGCUGCAAAAAUUCACAGCCUCCUAAAAACGCUCCCAAAGGAUAGAAUAAAGCACUACGCAUCUUUCAAAGAUGUCCAGCUCGAGCGGUUCCUGAACCCUGAGAAAAUCGCCAACAUUAGUGAACAGGAUUUGAAGUUGCAGUAUGUUUCCCUCAGAGACCUUGUCAACGAUAAAUACAAGAAUUAUUACAAGCUUGACGAUAAGCUUUUGAAGCCAAAAGGAAAUCCCAGGUAUUACGACAGGAUUCUCGCAGAAAUCAAGGGAGAAAAGAAGGAGACGUGGAUGGACGCCAUCAGAACCGUUGUCUACGGUAAGUAA